UAAGUACUUGCGCCUAUAAAGCAGACGCUGCCAGCUCGGCUGGCUCACAGUUUCGAAACGAAUUGAUUUUCAUGUUGCAGCUUCUAUUGGCAUUGAGCUGCCUGUUGCCCAUGGAGCUGGGGCAGGCGGCGUUUCUCAUGGAGUGCGAGGGCGUCAUCAUAAACCGCAUACCCAAUCCCAACUUGGAGUGCAGCGAGUAUGUCUACUGCAAUGGCGACGAUUCCUACUACUGCAACGAUGACUGCAGCGAGCCAGUGAAUUGCUAUGGCCAAGAGCAGGAGGAGCAGCAGGAGGAGACGACGACGACGACGACGACGACAACGAAGGCAACGACUGCGACGGAGCUAACGACUCCGUCAGAAGAGCAGCCUACAGCCAGCAGCAGCAACUCGUCCACGGACAGCACCACCACUAGCACCACCACUAGCAGCACCACUGCUGGCAACCUGCAGGCGAUCUGCAAGAGCAGCGGUCGCAAUGGCGUCUAUCCUUAUCCAGCCAACGAUAACUAUUAUUAUCAGUGCUUGGCCGGCUAUCUGCUGCUGCAGCAGUGCCCGCAGCACUUCCAUUUCAACGAGGCCCAGGGCCAAUGCAUUAGCUCAAAGUCUUAUCAAUUGUAA